GCAUCGCUGAUUCAAUCAACAUCUACAAAGUGGUCGUGGUCCGCACUCCGCACCAUCCGAAGUGGGAGCAAAGCAACCGACUAAAGGAAAAAGUAAGCAAAAAGAAAAAAAGAAAAAAAAUAAAAGGGCUCCCAGCUUCUCUGCUUUAAAUUCCAGCAGCAGUGUUGCAAUCCUCCUACACCGACAAAAAUGCCGACCAUUCCCACCGCUCGCGACCUCUUCCUCAUCCUACUCCAUACUCUUCUCAUAGCCUUCUCGUCCUCCGGCGCGUCCGCCACAGGCCCGAUCAAAACAGUGGUUGUUCUCGUCAUGGAGAACCGCUCCUUCGACCACAUGCUCGGCUGGAUGAAGCGCCUGAGUCCGGAGAUCAACGGCGUCACCGGUUCCGAGUCCAACCCCAUCUCAACCACUGAUCCGAGCUCGCCGCGUGUUUUCUUCAAGGACGAGGCGCACUAUGUCGACCCCGACCCUGGCCACUCGUUCCAGGCUAUCAGGGAACAGAUCUUCGGCUCCAAUGAAACCUCCGCAUCGCCGGCACCGAUGAAUGGGUUCGUCCAGCAAGCGACAUCCAUGUCGCCCAACAUGACGGAUAGCGUCAUGAAUGGCUUCCAGCCCGAGAAGGUAGCGGUUUACCAGGCGCUCGUCCAGGAGUUCGCGGUGUUCGACCGCUGGUUUGCGUCGGUGCCGGCGUCCACUCAACCGAACAGGCUCUAUGUCCACUCCGCAACCUCACACGGCGCAACCAGUAACAUUGCCAGCAUGCUUGCAAAAGGAUACCCACAAAGGACAAUCUUUGAGAACAUUGAUGACGCUGGACUCUCUUUUAGGAUAUAUUAUCAGAAUAUUCCCGCAACUCUCUUCUAUCGUAAUCUUCGAAAGCUUAAAUACUUGACAAAGUUUCAUCCUUAUGAUCUUGAUUUCAAGUCUCAUGCUCAAAAGGGUUCUCUACCCAACUAUGCUGUUGUUGAACAACGCUACAUGGAUUCCAAGAUCAGCCCUGCCAAUGAUGAUCACCCCUCUCAUGAUGUUUACCAAGGUCAAAUGUUUGUCAAGGAGGUCUAUGAGACUCUACGUUCCAGCCCACAGUGGAAUGAAACUCUUCUUAUAAUCACCUAUGAUGAGCAUGGUGGGUUCUUUGACCAUGUCCCAACCCCCACUAAAGGCAUCCCUAGCCCUGAUGGAAUUGUUGGCCCUGAUCCCUUCUUUUUCACUUUUGACCGUUUGGGAGUUAGGGUCCCGACCAUCAUGGUGUCUCCAUGGAUUGAAAAGGGCACUGUUAUUCAUGGUCCCAAUGGUGUGCCAACUGCAACUUCUGAGUUUGAACACUCAUCUAUUACGGCCACUGUGAAGAAGUUGUUUGAUCUCCCUUCACCAUACCUGACAAAGAGGGAUGCAUGGGCUGGCACAUUUGAAGGCAUUGUGCAAACGAGAACUACACCUAGAACAGACUGCCCAAUGCAACUCCCAAACCCAGUCAAAAUUAGGGAUGGUGAUGCAAAUGAGGAGGCCAGUCUUAGUGAGUUUCAACAGGAGCUCAUGCAACUUGCAUCCGUCUUAAACGGGGAUCAUAUUUUGACCAACUUUCAGGAGAAGGUUGUGAAGCAAAUGAGCGUCCGUGAAGGAAUUGCGUAUAUGGAGAAUGCAGUCAAGAGAUUUUUUGAAGCUGGAUUAUCUGCAAUGAGAAUAGGUGUUGACGAAGAACAAAUUGUGAAGAUGAGGCCCUCACUCACCACUAGGUCUUCUCCAUCUGCCCAUCCUUGACACCAUGCUACAAUCACCGAAAGAAAUAUGAUAUAAUGCAUAAGGUUUGUAGAUGUUAUGAUGGCUUUCUGUAUAUCGCUAUGCAGUGGUGAUAAUGCAUAUAUGGUUAAUAUUUGAUUUA